ACGUGCGUUCUGACUGGGUCUUGUCAUGACAGACCUUUUGUAUGGAGCCCUGAGAAACAUCUGGAGUACUUCAGUCCUGGCUUAUAUUUACCUUCAUUAUAAAUGAACAGAAGACAUAGAAAGUAGGCUACAGAGGGCAUAAAUGAUGGAUCAUCUGCUGAAGAGAUGCCGAAUCAAGAGCAGCUUGUUCAGACAAUGUCUGGCAGAAUUUUUCGGAGUCUAUAUUUUAAUACUUUUUGGGUGCGGAUCAGUUGCCCAGGUGACGACCUCUCAAAACACUAAGGGUGAAUACCUGUCAAUCAACCUCGGGUUUGCAUUGGGCACCACAUUUGGGAUUUAUGUGGCAAAAGGGGUAUCAGGAGCUCACCUGAAUCCAGCUGUUUCCCUCACCCUGUGUGUCCUGGGCAGGUUUUCCUGGACUUGUCUUCCAUUCUAUGUGUGCUCACAGCUCUUAGGAGCAUUUUUGGCAGCAGCAACUGUUGCUCUUCAGUACUACGAUGCCAUAAUGGAUUUCACUGGAGGACAUCUGACAGUUAGUGGUGCCACUGCCACGGCUGGUAUCUUCUCAACUUAUCCAGCUGACUACCUGAGUCUAUGGGGAGGAGUGGUUGACCAGAUAAUAGGCACAGCUGCUCUGCUAGUGUGUGUUCUUGCAUUGGGAGAUCCUCGUAACACACCAGCUCCUCCUGGUCUGGAGCCUGUCCUGGUAGGAGCAGCUGUCCUGGUGAUUGGCAUCUCCAUGGGGUCUAACAGCGGAUAUGCUAUUAACCCGGCUCGAGACUUCGGCCCGAGACUCUUCUCUUACAUUGCAGGCUGGGGAGAUGAAGUGUUCAGGGCUGGUCGUGGCUGGUGGUGGAUACCUGUGUUUGUAACGUGUGUGGGCGCUCUCCUGGGCGCAUUACUCUAUGAGCUGCUGAUUGGAGUUCAUCAUCCAGACUCAGAACCAGAGGAUGCUGAGGACCUGACAGCUGUGCUCCAGCAAACUGUGGAGCUGGACGGUAUGCAGACAAAAUUUGACGCCAUUAAAGAAAACGGCAAGGACGGGAUCUUUUCCAUAACCUCAGCAGACAUCAGCUAAAGUAAAGCUGCAAAAUUUCAAUAGUUAAUAUUUAUAUGCUAAAUACAUUUAAUUUAAGGAUCAUUGUGUUUAUGAUAUUAAAAUAAAUCAUAUGAAAAAGUUAUCUUUGUUGUAUAUAAACUGGAUGAGCUUAUUUUUUAUUUUGGUUUGUUAAUGAUCAAACAUUUAAAAUGAUAUAU